AUGGAUUACCUGUUCUGGAGGAAAAACAGUAUUAUCGAGCCAGAACAAGACAGAGAUCCUUAUCCCUGGAUAAUCUGGUAUAUCUGGAAGGCUAGGAAUGACAAAUUUUUUAGGGGGAUAGACAAGGAUCCUUUGGAGCUAGUUCGAUAUGCAGAGACUGAAUGCCAAGCCUGGUUUGAUGAGAACGAGGUAGUACAACCAGUGGUACAAGUUAACGAUACUGAGGAACCCCAAGUCAUAAGCUUGAAUAAUAUUUGCUUGUUAGAUGGAUCUUGGACAGCCUCUGCUCACUUUAGUGGAUGUGGAUGGAUUUGGAUGGACAGUGGUGGGAACAUUCAACUUAUGGGGACCAGAAAUUUCACUCGACGUGAAUCAGCCUACAUUCGGAAGUAG